UCGAGGACCCCAGCCCUGCUCCUGGUCCCGUUCCGAGUUCUGAUCGUGGGGCGCGUAAGCAGUAUAACAGGCUUUCCUGGGGGGCGCUCAGGAUGACUUAGGGAGACGGCGGACACGUGGGCGGAGAGCCCAGAAGGCAGCUGUCGGUUCACGUCUGACAGAGGGCAGUUGGAGGAAGUACGUUCUUCUCAGCAAGCGCACUUGGAACAGACGUCGAUCCGCUGGGAAACGAACGUUGGCCCGGCCCUCACACAUCGCACCCAAGGGACCUCUGAACGGAUUCUAAAUCGAAACGUCAGACCGCGAAGCUGCUGGCAAAACGCUCCAGGGCAUCUUCCCGACCACCAGGCUAGGCAAACGGUUCACAUGCAAGACCACCAUCCAUAAAACAUUUUUUUUAAAAAGACAAAUCGGCCUUAAAAUAGAAUUACAAGUUGUUACUCUGUACCAGACCAGGCUAGGAGUGGACGGACGGGAGACGGAUCUGGAGGAGCGUUGGCACAUCGCAAGGGCUCGUCUUCGGAGGGCGUCAAGAACUCACAGAACUUAAUAGUAAGAAACAGCCCUGCUUCUGUCAAAUGAGCAGAAAACCGAACAGAGCAUCUGCCAAGCCCGGGCUUCCGUGAUGGUCUACGACGACACCAGUAAGAAAUGGGUCCCCAUCAAAGCCGGCCAGCAGGGGUUCAGCCGGAUCAACAUCUACCACAACACUGCCAGCAACAGCUUCAGGGUCGUCGGGGUCAAGCUUCAGGACCAACAGGUUGUGAUCAAUUACUCAAUCGUCAAAGGGCUGAAGUACAAUCAGGCCACGCCGACCUUCCACCAGUGGAGAGACGCCCGCCAGGUGUACGGCUUGAACUUCGCAAGUAAGGAGGAGGCGACCACGUUCUCCAAUGCCAUGCUGUUUGCCCUGAACAUCAUGAACUCCCAGGAAGGAGGCCCCUCCACCCAGCGUCAGGUGCAGAAUGGCCCCUCUCCUGAUGAGAUGGACAUCCAGAGAAGACAAGUGAUGGAGCAGCACCAGCACCAGCGCCAGGAGUCUCUAGAGAGAAGAACCUCGGCCCCAGGACCCAUCCUCCCACCGGGGCACCCCUCGUCUGCAGCCAGCGCCUCCCUGUCCUGCAGUGGGCCCCCACCCCCGCCUCCGCCCCCCGUCCCGCCUCCACCCACCGGGGCCACUCCGCCUCCCCCACCCCCACUGCCCACCGGAGGCGCGCAGGGCGCCAGCCACGACGAGAGCUCCGGGUCCGGCCUGGCCGCCGCCUUGGCCGGGGCCAAGCUGAGAAGAGUCCAGCGGCCGGAAGAUGCAUCCGGAGGCUCCAGCCCCAGCGGGACCUCCAAGUCUGACGCCAACCGGGCGAGCAGCGGGGGCGGAGGAGGGGGCCUCAUGGAAGAAAUGAACAAGCUGCUGGCCAAGAGGAGAAAAGCAGCUUCCCAGACAGACAAGCCGGCAGAUAGAAAGGAAGAUGAAAGCCAAACGGAGGAGCCGAGCACCUCUCCGUCUCCGGGGACCCGAGCUGCCAGCCAGCCACCUAACUCCUCAGAGGCUGGCCGGAAGCCCUGGGAGCGGAGCAACUCGGUGGAGAAGCCCGUGUCGUCGCUGCUGUCCAGAACCCCGUCUGUGGCCAAGAGCCCCGAAGCUAAGAGCCCCCUUCAGGCGCAGCCUCACUCUAGGAUGAAGCCCGUGGGGAGCGUGAACGAUGUGGCCCUGGAUGCCUUAGAUUUGGAUCGGAUGAAACAGGAGAUCCUGGAGGAGGUGGUGCGAGAGCUCCACAAGGUGAAGGAGGAGAUCAUCGAUGCCAUCAGGCAGGAGCUGAGUGGGAUCAGCACCUCAUAGCGGCCUGGCCCCUGCCGCCGCCCGAGAGAGACCCCAGGCCACCUGCCGACGGGGGACAGCGAGGAGCCGGCCGCCAGCCCCAGGCACGCGAGCAGUCACAAGCGUUACCGUGUGAUGAAAUAUUAAAAUGAGGAAACGUGUUCAAAUUCUGGAUUUUUUUAGAUUCUACCUGACACAGAGCACCGGUCUACUCGCCUUUUUUUGUAUUUUAUAUUUGCCUAUUUAAGUGUCCAUAUCUUUUGGUUUAUAGAGGACUCCCCAGAUCACACGCUUCCGUAGGUGGUUUCCGAGUUUUCUCCUAGGUGACAGCCCCCAGCGUCGUGGUGGUUGAAGUCUGUCCACGCACCGCGGUGUCUGUGUCCACGUGCUAAUAAACGCUUACUGUCCACA